CGCUACCAUCAACGGUUGGUGUGAAAAGAAAAGGGAAAAAGACAUUUCUUCUGUAUAAUAACCCAAAAUUCAUUCACUAAUUCAUAUCUAACGACGCCGUUUCAUCCCACCCCCACCGACAACCCCCUACGCGGGGAGUUUCCUUCUUCAUUGCUUCAGAUCUCUCCAUAUAGGGAAAGAGAUUUCAAACAUAUAUAUAUAUAUAUAUAUAUAUAUAUAUAUAUAUAUUCGACACACACGUACAUAUAAUGUAUGUGAAUACACAAUUUCAUUGUUGAGAUUUUCUAUGAUUUUCGAUUUGUUUCAUACUAUUUCAGAGCAUUUCACUUGUCGGUGAACUUUGUAUUAGUAUUUUUUAUUUUUUUUUGGGAAAAUGGCGGCAGUUUCAGGUUCUCUCACGUCUGGACAGGUGUCAUUUUUGCUUGGAUUUAUCCCUGUACUUGUUGCAUGGUUAUACUCUGAGUGGUUGGAGUACAAGAAGUGGUUGUUCCCAUCCAAAGUCAGUCAUUCAGAUAAUAAUCUAGUUGAAUUGGAAAAUGCAACAAUCAAGGAAGAAGAUCGAGCUGUCUUGCUGGAAGGAGGUCUAUCAAAAUCUGCAUCUAUGAAGUCGUCCAGUUCACCAAUAAAAACAAAUAUAGUUAGGUUUCUAACAAUGGAGGACUCCUUUUUGCUUGAAAAUCGAGCAACUUUAAGGGCAAUGUCCGAAUUUGGGGGAAUUCUAUUUUAUUUCUAUAUCUGUGACCGAACAAACGUUUUCGCAGAUUCUACCAAGAGCUACAAUCGGGAUCUCUUCCUCUUUCUAUAUUGUCUCCUUAUCAUAGUUUCAGCAAUGACUUCUUUCAAGAAACACAACGACAAAUCAGCAUUUUCUGGAAAAUCCUUGCUUUAUCUUAACCGUCAUCAGACAGAGGAGUGGAAAGGAUGGAUGCAGGUCCUCUUUUUGAUGUAUCAUUAUUUUGCUGCGACGGAGAUAUACAAUGCCAUUCGUGUUUUCAUUGCUGCAUAUGUAUGGAUGACUGGUUUUGGGAACUUCUCUUAUUAUUAUAUCAGAAAAGAUUUUAGUCUUGCUCGGUUUGCUCAGAUGAUGUGGAGGCUGAAUUUCUUUGUUAUAUUUUGUUGUAUCGUUCUUAACAAUGACUACAUGCUGUAUUACAUCUGUCCAAUGCACACACUUUUUACUCUCAUGGUAUAUGGAGCUCUUGGCAUUGGCUACAACUACAACGAGAAAAGAUCAGUGAUGGCUCUGAAGCUUGUUAUGUGCUUUGUUGUGGUUAUCCUGGUUUGGGAGAUUCCUGGAGUUUUUGAAUUUCUUUGGGGUCCUUUGACAUAUAUGUUAGGGUACACUGAUCCAGCCAAGCCAGAUCUCCCUCGGUUGCAUGAAUGGCACUUCAGAUCUGGGCUGGACCGUUAUAUAUGGAUUAUUGGCAUGAUAUAUGCCUACUUCCACCCUAAUGUCGAAAAGUGGAUGGAGAAACUAGAGGAGUCUGAACCAAAGCGGAGGCGAACAAUUAAGACAUCAAUUGUUGCUGUUGCUGUCGCUGUUGGGUACUUGUGGUAUGAAUACAUAUACAAGCUGGACAAGACCUCAUACAACAAGCUUCACCCCUACACGUCGUGGAUUCCCAUAACUGUUUACAUCUGCUUGCGGAAUUUUACUCAGGAGCUACGGAAUUUCUCUUUGACUCUCUUUGCAUGGCUGGGAAAAAUCACCUUGGAAACCUAUAUCUCGCAAUUCCACAUCUGGCUGAGAUCAAAUAUGCCGAAUGGACAGCCUAAGUGGCUCCUGUCCUUUAUCCCAGAUUAUCCUUUGCUUAAUUUUAUGCUCGUCACUGCCAUUUAUGUUUUGAUAUCAUAUAGGCUUUUUGAACUAACGAACACACUCAAGAUGGUUUUCAUACCUACAAGAGACAAUCAGAAGCUACUUCACAACUUCAUUGCUGGGAUCCUGAUUUCUGUGUCCAUAUAUUGCCUUUCCUUUAUGCUUCUACAGAUUCCUCAUUGAUCUGCAGGUUGUAUUGCGACGGAUCCGAUGACACUAUCGCAUAGAACUCUAGAGAAGAUCUAAACUAGACAUGGAAAUGAGAGAUCAAUCGUAUUGUAUUCUUGAAUGGGGAUAGAGAUGUUGAUAUUCAAAGCCAGCUUGCAAAGCAUUAAGCAUGUUAUCAUCAACAGUUUUGUGGAGUAUCACUUGCAGUUGCUAAAUCCGAGCACACAAGGAAUUAUUUUCAGAUUCUGCCUCAAAAUUCCUGUGUCUCCGAGGGACAAUCAUUUGUAUGAUAUCAAUUACCACACGUAUUCAAUUCUUUGGUUCUGUGUACCUGUCGUCUUUCAUAGUCGUAUAUGUUCCUCGUUACCCAGUGAUAAGAGAAAGAAAUAAUAGGCAAUGUAUAAGUGUACUUGUGUUCUCUACUUAGCGGACUUGAAAUGUUCUUGGCCAAUGCAAUUGUUUUUAUCUUCUUUUUA